AUGUUUGAAGUAUUAUUACCAAGUGAAAUAAUUUUAUCGAACAUGACACAAAUCCUAUCCGACGUUCGUGACUUUGUCUCUGAAAAAGCUAACGAAGCCGUAGAGUCCGUUGUAAAAGCUUGGAAUCCACGUAAAGUUGCGUUGGUCACGGGUAUUACUGGACAGGAUGGUAGUUAUCUGGCUGAAUUUUUACUGGAAAAAGGAUAUGAGGUCCAUGGCGUUAUUCGACGUUCGAGUAGCUUCAAUACAGGACGAAUCAAUCAUCUGUAUGCGAAUCCUGAAUCACACAAAGAAGGAGCUAUGAAAUUACAUUACGGAGAUUUGAAUGAUAGUUCAUCACUUGUCAAAAUCAUUUCCACUGUCAAACCAAGUGAAAUUUAUAAUUUAGGUGCAAUGAGUCAUGUUAAAAUUUCAUUCGAUUUGAGCGAAUACACAGCAGAUGUUGAUGCUGUUGGUACAUUACGUAUACUAGAUGCUAUUCGUAUAUGUGGUUUGACAAAUUCCGUACGUUUCUAUCAAGCAUCAACAUCGGAACUGUAUGGAAAAGUUCAGGAAAUUCCUCAAAGUGAAACAACUCCAUUUUAUCCUCGUUCGCCUUACGCUGCUGCCAAGUUGUACGCGUUCUGGAUUACGGUCAAUUAUCGUGAAGCUUACAACAUGUACGCUGUUAAUGGAAUUCUUUUCAAUCACGAGUCGCCUCGCCGAGGUGAUAAUUUCGUCACACGAAAAAUCACUCGAUCAGUUGCGAAAAUUCAUCUGGAGCAGCAACAAAUACUUGAACUUGGUGCACUCGAUUCAAAAAGAGAUUGGGGACAUGCCCGAGAUUACAUUGAAGCCAUGUGGUUAAUGUUGCAACAAGAUGUACCAGAAGAUUUUGUCAUCGCAACUGGCGAAACACACAGUGUCCGAGAAUUUGUUGAGCUAGCAUUUAAAGAAAUUGGAAAAGAAAUUGUUUGGGAAGGCGAAGGCGUCAACGAAGUCGGCAAAGAAAAAGGGACAGGUAUUCUUCGUGUUACAAUUAACGCGAAAUACUUUCGACCAACUGAAGUUGAAUUGUUGAUCGGUAAUCCGAAAAAAGCAGAAGAAAAACUCAAAUGGAAGCCGAAGAUUAAAUUUGGUGAAUUGGUUAAAGAGAUGGUUGCAGCCGAUAUCGAGCUCAUGCGAAGAAAUCCAACGGCUUAA